GUGAAAGAGCCACUUCCGCCUCGGCUCCAUUUAACGUUUCCCGUGAUGCUCCGCGCGCUGCCGUUGCUUCCUGUUUAUUGUCUCCGCCGGUUACCGUUAAGGCGCAGCUGCGAUGGAUUCGGAGGCGGAGCUCUCGGUGUCGGAGGCGGAGCUUGGCGCUGAUUUCAUCACGGUGGAGCUGGACACGCAGCCGAUCGAGUACGUCGUGAAAUGGGCCGAGGUCGGGUCCAAGUUCACCAUCUCCUGCCUGAAAGCCGAGCAGGUGGAGCUCGCCGACGCGCUCAAGAGGGACGACAGCGAAUCAGAGCUCACCGAGGAGCUACGGGUCGACCAAUCAGAGUUGCAGAUGGACGUGGCGGACUCGUUCUUGGCGCCGUACGAGGAGGUGUACUGUGAGCCGUGCGACCCGUGCGACCCGUGCGAGGUCACACACAGCGUGGAGGUCCGGACCGACUGGGACUCCGGGUCGGACCAGGAGCUGGAGCUGGACCUGAGCUCGGCCCAGCUCACCGAGGUGGGGCAUCUGGGCGAGGUGGUCCUGGAGAGCUCUCAGCCGGACUCGGACCAGGACCCGGACCAGGACCCGGAGCAGUCGGACUCGGAGGAGCGUCAGUACCGCUGCUCGUACUGCGGGAAAGCCUACAGCCACGCCUCCAGCCUGUACCGCCACCAGCAGAGCCACACGGGCAAAACCAGCGCCAAGAGAACGCCGCACGAGUCCAGACCCCACACCUGCCCGCACUGCGGCCUCAGCUUCAAGGGCAGCAGGAUGUUGGGGAGUCACCUGCGUCUCCACGGGAAGCGUCGGAUUCAUCCGUGUAAUAUUUGUGGGAAGGAGUUUAACCACAGCUCCAGUUUGUCGCGACAUCGUCUCAUCCACAAGAAAGGAAAGAAGGACCACCCCAAGACGGCCGCCCACCCGCACGCGCCCGCCCACGCCGCCCACGCCGCCGCGCCCGCCCUGCACCCGCUCAAGGGGAGGCGGGGCAAACGUCCCAAUGCCGCCGCCGCCCCCCUCCACCCCUCCAAACUCUACGCCUGCCCCCAGUGCGACAUGAGCUUCAAGAGCUCCACCCAACUCAACAAGCACCAGGUGACCCACGUGAAGGCGCUCCUGGGAGGUUUCCCGCCCAAAGACAAGGAGAACAUGUCUGAUUCUCAGUCGGACCUGAAGAUUCGUCUGAAGCUUUGCUCUCGGGACAAACCCAACGUUUACACUCUGUGCGAGAAGAGGAGGCGGGGCCUGCUGCCCUCCGACCCCUCCUCCGCGUCCUCGGGGUCGGAGGAGGAGGAGCCUCCGGCGCGCGGCCGCCGCCACCGCUGCUCUCAGUGCGGCAAACGCUUCGGCCACGCCUCCGGCCUCACGCGGCACCUGCAGACGCACAUGAAGAGCCGCCUGAGCCCCGCCCACCGCCGCUCGGGCAAAACCUACACCUGCGGCGUCUGCGGCAAGUCCUUCCUCCACUCGUCCUCCUUCUCCCGCCACAAGAGGGCGCACCGCGAGCAGCAGGAGCGGCUGCAGGAGACCGCGCCCAUCGAGUCCGAGUCCGACUGAGCCCCGCCCCCUCGGAGCCCCGCCCACAGGAAGCCCCGCCCCAUGAGUCAAGACAAACUGAGCCCCGCCCCCACGCCCAAAUACAGCCCUAGCUCCGCCUCCUUUGCCGAGGCUAACGUGGCCCCGCCCCCGAAGCCCCGCCCCCUCGGCCAUCACAUGACCUCACAGACCUUAUAAGGCCUCAGGCCCCUCCCUCACAUGCUCCGUGAGGAAUUCUGGGAAACGCCCAGUAUUAGCCCCGCCCCCGUCCCUCUGGUUUUUGUGGAGGCGGCGCCCUCUUCAGGUCACUUCUGUUUUUGCAGCACUUUUCUUUUUAUUUUUGACCCGGUUUUCCUCCGAGCGGCUCCGGCUCCGACUUUCACCCAUUCUCCAAAAAACUCUAAACUCUAAAGACUCAGUGCAUUUUUAAAGUUUAAAUUUAAGAAUUCUUCUAAAAGUAAAAAGUCCAAACCCUCAGAACGUUCACGAAAAAAAUCUGAAAUGAAUUUGAUCGAAGCAAAAACAUCGACGUUAAAAGUCAAGUGAGCGAUUCUUUUGGCUGUUUUUUCGGUGAAUUUGGUGAAAGCGCCGAAGCCGAGCCGACUCCGCCCCCAGCCGAAGAGCGAGCGAUUUGAUUGGCCGUUGGCUGCGUUCUGAUUGGUGUUCUGGUUCUUUUAAAUAGUCGUGCGUUUCCUGUUCCCGCCUCCUUGUAUUUAUGAGAUUGGACGAUGUUGUAACAUAUGAAUAUAAUUCUAUUUAAUGUGAGAAAAACCCAAGACUUCACCGCAGGAGACUCCAUCACAGUUUGUACAGAGCCACCGCCUGCUCCCGGGUCCGGACCAAGACCGGGUCUAGACCGGGACCAGGUCUAGACCUGGUUCUAGCCCUGGUCUGGAGCAGGGCUGGUCUUGUUGGUAGCGUUGUGUUGUAUCGUGUUCAAACCUUUUGUAAUAAACAUUUAAAAAAAACGUGUGAGUCUUGAUUUGGAGCCGAGGCACCGGGUCCUGACCGGAACCUGCCUCAGGUCUGGACCCGAUCUCAAACACGAGGUAAGAUCAGACCCUCCUCCCCCAACAGAGCUCCAGGUUCUUCAGAGUUUUCUCCUCAGAUCUUUCUCACGGUUCUUUAGGUCGAUUUGGUUUCUUCAGGAGAAAAAGUCACACAAACCAACGUCUGAAAACAAACCAGCAAAGCAACCAGUUCCUCUUCAAAACUGAGAGGAACACUCUGAAACACCUCAGGUCUCCACGUGAAACACCUCAGGUCUCCACGUGAAACACCUCAGGUCUCCACGUGAAACACCUCAGGUCUCCACGUGAAACACCUCAGGUCUAGUCCCGGUCGUGGCUCUGGUGUUUUCAGUUUUGAGAUUUAAAAUGUGACAGGAGAAUUCACACACGAACAGAACGAGUUUGUGACACAAAAAAAAACUUCCUCAGGUAAAAGUCCACAUAGUACGAGGCUCCGCCCGCAUGCUCCCACUGUACGAGGCUCCGCCCCCCAGGCUCCCACAUGACAAUUCUCCAUAAAAACACAAACACGACAAAACUGAACACCUGGACUGAACAAACCUGAUGUUUGUGCAGGAGUUUCAUUAGUGUGACGCUCUGAAGGGGGAGUGACCCGGCACAGAGUGUGUGACCCGGUGUAUGUGACUGUGUGUGUGUGUGACCCGGUGUGUGUGACCUGGUGCGUGUUCCAGUGGAGCCGUGCGCCCUCUGCUGGCAGUGACAGGUCGUGUUCUGCAGCGGCUUCACCUUUUACCCCGAACACAUCAGUGUGUCCAGGACCGA